GUCGACACAUCAGACAGAAUAACGCCUAUAACAGCCCUCUGAGCUGACGCGAUUGAACACCACCAUGCCGCCGCUGCUCUUCUACGCGUUUCCACCCCUCCUCGUCCUCUACCCGAUCUCCUACGUGCUCCAUCUCGCACGCAUCCUCCUCCCGCUCCGGCCCAAGCGGACGCCGCUCCUCAAGGACGGCAAGCAGGUCCUCGCGCAGGGCGGCCUGGCCGUGUCGCUCGAGGGCGCCGAGCACAUCCUGAACGCGGAAGACAUCCUCGUGUGGGAGAAGCACCGUGUCGCCAUCGUCUCGUCGGACCCCGGCCGGCCGGUGUACGACCCGCUCCUCGCACCGGGGAGCCAGUCGGCCCCGCAGGCGCGGCUGGUCGCGUACGACCUCGAGUCGCGCCGCACGGGCGUCAUCAAGAUGGCCGGCUGGCCAAAGGGCCGGUACCUCCACAUGCUUGGCAUCGGCCUCUGCGACAACGAGGACGGAACGACGAUCCUUGCGGCUGCCAACUUUGGCAACGGGCUCGACGGGACCGUCGAGGUCUUCCGCCUCGAUUACGACGCCGCGGCGCCCUCGUCCGUGGAGGCCAUCACCGCGACGUACCUCCACACGCUGGCGCAUCCCGACUUGACCUUCCCCAACGCCGUCGUUCCGCUGUCGGCAGAGUCCGUCCUCGUCACCAACAGCCUGGGACGCCCGGUGUCCAAGUCGAUCGCGUUGGCCAAGGCCGAGAUGGGGCUCGCGCUGCCGCUCAGCUACGCGUUGCUGGUUACCCUCGACCCCAAGGCGAAGCAACCUACCGAAGACGACCCCAGCGUGCCGCGCACCACCGCGACGAGCAGGGUGUGGGCAAAGCGCUUCGCGAUGGCCAACGGUCUCGACCUUUCGCCUGAUGGUCGUGUCGCCCUCGUCGCGAGCUGCACUGGCUGCGAACUCCAUGUCUACGAUGUCGACCCACCGCUCCGACCCGGCUCCACGACCCCUGCGGAUAUCGCCCACGCAAAGUUCACUUAUCGCGACGCCAUUCCUGUGGGGUUCGCCAUUGACAACCUGUCCGCAGUUCUUGAUCCCCCGACCGAAGACAACGGUAACUACUACUUCCUCGGCGCCGGUCACCCCUCCCUCGUCGACUAUUCGGCCUGUGCCAAGGCCAAGGGGACGAGCAAGCUAUCUCAAAGCCGGGUCAUCGCCAUCAAGGUGCCCCAGAAGGCCCCACCGACCGGUCUGUUCAAGUCGGCGUAUCUUGAACUGCACCGUCUGUUUACCCGUGUCGAUCCCCGCACGACGACUAUCUUUGAAGACGAUGGGACCGAAUUUGGAACGUCGAGCACCGGCGUCUCGUUCAGGGCCAAGGAUGGGGCCACUGAUUUACUCGUGGUGGGCCUGUGGGAGCGCCGUGGGACCCUCCAUCUUUCUAAUGUAGCAUUGUAA